AUGGUUUGGGAAAAAGCUAAAGUUAGGAUUGUCGUUCAACCAAAAUAUACAUCUGAUUCAUUUGCUCUCGUCGUUCGAUAUGUUUCCAGAGAUUUAAUAGAAGAUCUUGUUGUUAAAGAAAUACAACGCACAAUUGCAUCGGCAGAUAGAAUCAAACGCAUUCAUUACGCGUACCAAAGAAAAACAGAUGAUUAUCAAUUCGAUGUAAAAGAUUAUAGCGAAUACAAUGCAGUACUGCAAUUGGGUCCUAUUGCAAUAGAUAAUUCAUGGUUAUCAAUUACUAAAUUUUAUCCUGGUAAUCGUUUAACUUAUUGUACGAAAUGUUGGUGCAUUGGUAAUUCAAAAAGCAAGUGCAAUUCAAUAAGUAAAUGUCGAGUCUGUCUUGAAAAUCUUAAUGUGAAUACUCCACAUAAAUGUCAAUAUGAACCAAAGUGUGCUCAAUGUGAUGGUAAACAUCACUCACUUGAUAGUCGAUGUCAAGUAAUACAAAACUAUAAACAUCGAUUAAAAAAAUAUGUUGAAGACACGAUCAAGAAAGGUAUAAUUCAUUGA